CCUUUGAGUUAAAGCUGUGAAAUGCCGAAACGAUCGAAAAAAACGCUGCGCCAAAAGCUCGCGGAAGUCAUCGAAGAGACAUCAAACGAUGGAAAUCCGCGGUGGAACUGCAAAGGAAACAUGGAGGAGGAGCUGCCAUGCGCUUACUUUCAAGAGAAGAAUUUCAGCCCCGGAAACUUCAAGCGCCAUAUUCUCAACAAGCACGCGAAUAUUGCUGGCGGUCUGGAGCUGGAAGAGCCGGAGGAAGAAAAAGACGCAUCGGAACCGACGCCAAAGAAGGUUCAGCCGGAUAAAGUCAUCACCAAACUUACUGUAAGCGUGAGCCCCGCCGAUGUUUUACUCGGGACAAUCAUGCUGGUGGCAAAGAGCGGCCUUCCGUUAAGCUUUCCGGAAUGGGAGGCCACUAAAUACACUUUGAAGCCACUAUGGGAUGCUGCCAAACUGACCGUCACGCGCAACACGCUCCCUGAGCUUAUCAAGAAGGCUGCGAGGAACAUGCGCGAAAUAAUGAGCACCGAAUUUAAGAACAAAAUUAUUUGUUUGAAAAUCGAUGCCGCUUCCCGAAAUGGCCGCUCAGUACUCGGAAUAAAUGCGCAGUUUAUCGACGACACUGGAAACAUCCAAAUCCGGCACAUUGGUAAGACGAUAGUUUUUGGGUACAUAUUCAUAGCUUUAAUACUAGGCUUUACAACGUGACGUCAUUAAA